CGGGGGAGGGGGCCCCCGCGCGCACACACACACACACACGCGCGCGCGCGGCGGGAGCGUCAGCCCUUGCACUAGCGAUCAUCGAAGCCAAGAGGGGGUGAGAGUCUCCCCGCUGGAUCGGCAGAAGGCGAAGACUUUUGCAAUGAAACUGUGGCAGCUUCGGUCCAUCAAAGAGCUGGAGCGAUGAGCCACCGCCUGCUCUUCUGUGUGAUUGAAAGAGUCCGUUCUAUAGCUCUGAGGGGAGGGAGGGGGCGCGGAUGUACCUGCCCCUAUUUCCACGCACCCCAGCAUUCAAAGCACAGCAUACCGAGAUUCCGGUGACAGAUGGAUCGCUCGCUCGCUCGCUCUCUAGCUCUCUAUAUUUUUGUUUUCAAGAUGUUUGAUCUGAAGUUCUGAAGCAUCUCGGAGGGGACCCAGGAUAGGGGGAGGAGGAGCAACCCCGGGAGCCCAGCGACCGAAGUGGCAGCUCCUCCAAGUCACCUUGUGGUCGUGGGGGAAGGCGGGGAGGGUGUGUGUGUGUGGGGGGGUGUCGUUCCUGAGCCUCCAAGAAGAUCUGUUGUUUAAUUUUUGUUUUGUUUUAAAGAGAAGCACAGAUUUCCGCUCCCCCCUCUUUUUCCUGGAUUGGGAGCGGCAGGAAGGAGUGGAUUUUGCCCCCUGUUGCUCUACACCCCAGGGUUGGCACGGAGGGAAAGAAAAAUGUUGGUGACGGCACCGGAUAGAACUGAGGUGCCUGUGCCCUCCUAUUGCUAACCAGCAAGGGAGCGUCGCCUCUCAUCCCCUCCCUUUGCUCUUCGGAGGCUUGUUUCUUUUUUGCCCGUGGGGGAGGGGGGGCGCCGCAUCUGAACAUGCUGUGUCUGGGCUUGUGGGCGGCCGCCCUGCUCUGUGUGUUCUCCCCUGGCACGGUGCAUGGCGACUGCUGGCUGAUCGAGGGGGACAAGGGUUACGUAUGGCUGGCCAUCUGCAGCCAGAACCAGCCUCCCUACGAGACCAUCCCCCAGCACAUCAACAGCACAGUGCAUGACCUGCGCCUGAAUGAGAACAAACUCAAGGUGGUGCUGUACUCCUCCCUCAACCGCUUCAGCAACCUCACCGACCUGAACCUGACCAAGAAUGAGAUCUCCUACAUUGAGGACGGGGCCUUCAUGGGCCAGGCCAACCUACAGGUCCUGCAGCUGGGCUACAACAAGCUCACCAACCUGACGGAGGGCAUGCUGCGCGGCAUGGCCAGGCUGCAGUUCCUCUUCGUGCAGCACAACCUGAUUGAGGUGGUCACACCCACCGCCUUCUCUGAGUGCCCCAGCCUGAUCAGCAUCGACCUGUCCUCCAACCGGCUCAGCAGGCUGGAGGGGAACACCUUCACCAGCCUGAGCAACCUGAUGGUGUGCGAGCUAGCUGGCAACCCCUUCAACUGCGACUGCAGCCUCUACAGCUUCCUCACCUGGCUGGUGGUCUUCAACAACGUCACCAAGAACUACGACCGGCUGCAGUGUGAGACCCCCCGGGAGUUCGCCGGCUACCCGCUCCUGAUGCCUCGACCCCACCACAACCGCAACGCCAUCACCAUCUUCCAGUCCAUGUGCCGGGGAGGCACCAUCCCAUCCCUCUCAAGGAUCAACCCCACCCCCUACACGCCUGACUCCCAGAGAGACCUGGAUGAGAACUCGGGGUUCAACCCCGGGGACUUCCUCUCCGUUGAGCCCCCGGCCUCCUCCACCACUGACUCCUCAUUCAACCCCAGCAUCAAGCUGCACCACGUGACCAUCACCUCAGCCACCUUGGUGGUGACGAUCCCCUCACCCUUCAGCAAGAUGUACGUGCUGGUCCAGUACAACAACAGCUACGUCUCUGAUGUCACGACCCUGAAGAACAAGAAGGAGUAUGUCACCCUUAGCAAGCUGAAGGCCCACACGGACUACACCUUCUGUGUGGCCUCCAUCCGCAACUCCAAGCGCUACAACCACACCUGCCUGUCCUUUGCCACCAGGAGCAAGGGAAGGGAGGAUCCAGUGCCCAAUACCUCCACCACCACUCACUACAUCAUGACCAUCCUGGGCUGCCUCUUCGGGAUGGUCAUCGUCCUGGGGGUGGUGUACUACUGUCUGAGGAAGCGAAGGAUGCAGGAAGAGAAGCAGAAGUCCCUCAAUGUCAAGAAGACCAUCCUGGAGAUGCGCUACGGCUCGGAUAUAGACACCAGCUCUAUCGUCCACUCUUCGCAGAAGCUGGGCGAGCCGCCCGUCAUCCCUGUCUCACGGAUGUCCUCCAUCCCUUCCAUGAUCGGGGAGAAGCUGCCCCCAUCCAAGUCAAUGGAGGCUGGGAUGGAGACCCCCAAAGUUACUACCAAGGGCAACUACAUUGAGGUGCGGACGGGUGGCGGGGAUGCCCUGGAGAGAGCCCAGCGGGAUGACGAUCUGCGUGAGCUUGACAACGGCCAAGGCUCGGCAGCUGAGAUCUCCACCAUCGCCAAGGAGGUAGACAAGGUCAACCAGAUCAUCAACAACUGUAUCGACGCCCUCAAGUUGGACACGGCCUCCUUCCUGGGAGGAGGGAGUGGCGUCGACUCAGACAUGGCGUUUGAGUGCCAAUCCAUCCCUGCCGGCUCCUCGGGUGGGCUGGAGCGGCCUGGCUUCCUGUCGCCACCGUACAAGGAGAGCUCCCAUCACCCCCUGCAGCGCCAGCUGAGCGCGGACGCAGCUGUGGCCAGGAAGACCUGCAGCGUCUCAUCCAGCGGCUCCAUCAAGAGUGCCAAGGUCUUCAGCCUUGACGUGCCAGACCACCCGCCAAUGAGCAAGUCGGAUUCCAAGUACAUCGAGAAAGGCAGCCCACUCAACAGCCCCCUGGAUCGUCUUCCUCUGGUGUCCCCGGGUGCCAUCCACCACCUGGAGGUCAAACCUUCCUACCAUUGCAGCGAGCACCGACAUUCCUUCCCGGCCCUGUACUACGAGGAGAGCGCUGACACUCUGAGCCAGCGGGUGUCGUUCCUUAAGCCGCUCUCCCGCUCCAAGCGGGACUCCACGUACUCCCAGCUCUCCCCCAGACACUACUUCUCGGGCUACUCCUCCAGCCCCGAGUACUCAUCUGAGAGCACCCACAAGAUCUGGGAGCGCUUCCGGCCUUACAAGAAGCACCACCGGGAGGAGGUUUACAUGGCGGCUGGCCACGCCCUGCGGAAGAAAGUCCAGUUUGCCAAGGACGAGGAUCUGCACGACAUCCUGGAUUACUGGAAAGGCGUCUCCGCUCAGCAGAAGUUGUGACUGUCUCUUUAAAAGGAAAGAAAAAAACCCAACAACCACCAACAAAAGAACCACUUGACUGUGAACAAAAACCGAACAGCCCCCUCCCCUAUGACAAAAAUGAACCAAGAACCGUUUCUUACAAAGUUUACAAAAAAAAAAAAAGCAAGAAAGCAAGAAAGCAAACAAAAAACAAACUCCCGCAAUGAAUUGUCUCUCCUGUGUUAUGGGGACCACUGUUCCUCCUGCAGCUGGUUGGGAGGAGCCGCCUGCUUUGACACUGUGGUAAUGAUGCUGAUGGGCUAGCGGGAGGGAAGGACAAAGAGGGGGUUAGGCAUGGGCGGGGGGCAGAGAAGGAUGCUAACCAGGCCUAGACUAAACCACUAACCAUCGCUUUUAUGUUCCUGUUGUUAUUUUGUUCCAGAUUGUGGGGGUUUUUAAGGAUGGGGGUGGGGCUUCUGCGUACUCCCUUGGGGGGCAGCCCCCACCAAGAGAAAAUGGGGGAUGUCACCAAACAAAGAGCCCCUCCCUGGCAUUUUAAGGGUUUGGGGGUCUUCAAGGCUUUCUCCCACCUCCCCAAGACUCAUGGGGGUUGUACAGACUCUAGCAUGUAACUGGAGGCUCUCUCUCCUUUUCCUCCACCUCCGACUCCAUUAGGGUUCCCUGAGCUUGGGGUUUGGGUCUCCUGGCUCGUGGCCACAUCAGCUUCCCUCAUUCACUGAGGAAGGGGAGGUAGGGCAAACAGCACAGGGCUCUCCCCGCCUCCGGUGCAUUUCAGAAGAGAGGUCACCGGCUUUCUAAGGCCCUGGGAAGCCCCCACCCCCAGCCCCAGCUGAACAGUCCAGUUGUCUUCCAGGAAAUGGUGGGGAGCAUGUUCUCUGGCAUGGCAAAAUGGGGUUCGCUAAUGGCAGGGCGAUGGGGAAGUGGGGAAGAAGACGGGAAUUCCCAACUGUGCUGAGAUCUGAAGGGUUCCCCCUCUCACCCCCACCCCAGAGCUGGGGAGGGGCACGCAUCUCCCACCUCCUUCAUUUGUGCUGCAGGUUCUGCACCCCCCCUUGUGCUUCGGGGUGGGGGUGGGGGAUCAGACCCUUGAGGAGGGCCUCAGGGAGGAAUAACAAUCACAGGAUGCUCCUAUGCCUCCUCCCACCCAGCUAGAUCAGAGCAGGGCCCCCUCUCCCUGGGGGGUGGGGGGAGAAUGAGUGGAUGUAUAAAAAGGCUGGAUCUGGAGAGGACAGUGUGUGGGACCUGGAUUCCACACAAAUGGGGCACAUGCACCUCCCACGGAUAGGCGAGAGCUUUGAGAAGAGGGGGUAAAAUAUGGGAGGGAGGGAGAGAGAGUGGGUAAUGGCCAGGGGAAAGGAGGUACAGCCCAGGAGAUUGGUUUCAGGGCAAGGGGUGGGGAAGGGGUGCAGCCUUGGGGGAUGAUUUCCUGGGCCCUCCCUUUGUGGGCUCUGCCAUGGAGGUGGUGUUGGGAUGGGAGAGUUAUCAGCUCCUGGGCUGAGCUCUCUCGCUGCCCUCUGCAAAACUCCAACAGGCCUCCUCCUCCUCCGUAUUGGGCUGGUCCUCUGUGCCACUCGCCACAGUGCCCACCCCUCAGAGGGAAUCCUCAAUGUGCCUGCAAACCCCACAUGCCCCGUCCGCUCUCCUCCCUGCACUGCUCCCUGGGGCUUGGGCCCUAGCUCCCCGCCAACUGGGGAGAGGCGGGGGCGGGGGCUACAGCCCACUGCCCUCCCAUCCCCCUGUCUCUGAACAAACUAACAAAGCACAAUCUUUGGUACCCACCAAAUCCCCGGCCGUGUGCAUUGUGGGGGAGCCUGCUUGUGGGGAGGGGGUUGUUUCAAGUGCAACUGGCUGCCCCUCUCCCCAACCUUUGACAAUCUUUCCCCUUUCUCAGAUGGGAGCAAGGCAGAGGCCAAGGUCUCCCCUCCCUCCCGUCCAACGCUGUCUGAGCUUGUCUCUCCAGGGGGAGGCCGCAUUGCGGCUGGCUCCAGCCUCUGCCCCCAGGCCACACACAGAGCCUGGGAGGGGGGCGUUCCCCCCGAGGAACUGCUCAGAGCCUAGGGGAUGGUCAGAGGCUCUGGCUAUGUUGCAGGGUUGGGGCCAGGGGAGACAAGGGUACAGGGCAUGGGUAUCUCUCCACAGGAGCCACUGGGCACAGGUACCAGUAUCUGUCAGACAGCUUGGAUCCUAUUAAUAGGAGCUAGUUAGUAUAAACAGAUUCUCAUAUGCGGUGUUGUUGUAGCCCUGUCGGUCCCGGGAUAUGAGAGAGACAAGGUGGGUGAGGUAAUAGCUUUAAUUGGACCAACUUCUGUUGGUGAGAGAGACAAGCUUUCCAGCCAUCGACCUCACCCACCUAGUCUGUCAAACAGAUUCUCGGCUAUUAGUGGGCAACAGCACCAUCCAGUGGCUGGUGUGGUAAAUCCCAGGGGAUUAUUUCCUGUGGAGAUUGCAAAGUGUAUUCCCUAUGGAGCGCCUAGGGAAGGGAUCCUAGGGGUAUAAUCCCAGAGAAGGUCCUAGGGAAGGGAUCUUGGGGCAUCGUCCCUAUGACGAUUCCAAUGUUAAAUACCCAAAUGCAACCCCAGGCUCAUGUUUCCUCAGACCCCUUUGCUUGUCAGCAUGCAUCAUGGGCUAUUUUGCCAAGCGUUGACCCCAGCCGUAACUCAGCCCCUCUGCCCCCUGAGCUUGAGUAGUGAGGGGAAAGGUGCAUGGGGAUCUGGGGUUCAGAACAACUCCAGGGGGCUCAUGAAACAAGGGAGCCUGCAGAUGAAGGGAAGGGGUUAGACGAUGCUGACUCCCAUCUUUUUAGGAAAGGGCGAGAAUCUGCUGGGGGGUUGGCGGGGGACCAAGUCCUGUGAAUUCCCUGUCCUGUUAUCUUUCUCUCCCCUCUGCUUUUCCUCAACGGUACUGCCAGUGCCUGGGAAGUCCCAUAAGCUAUUCCAUGUGGCCACAUGGUGUGGGGUGAGCUGGGGGGGCUAUACUUUGCCAGGAUCUCAGCUCCCAUUCCAUCCCCAAGGGAAGGAAAGGAGAUGGAGAAUAAGGGGGGUGGGUGAAGGGGUG